UAUCCAUGGUAGUUACAUCAACGAGAGCGUGAACUUUUGCGUUUAAACUGUGGACAAUACAAUCACAACAAUGAUGCAGUCAGAAAGAGACCCCUACCCUUUUCCAAGAUUACAAAACGAUGAGAAUUUCUAUGGACCAAGCUCCACAGAGCAAAAGGCAUAUGACGUUCCAGUCCACCUUGCUCAGAAUGAAGAUCCAUGGAACAGACUGAAUGGUACCUGUACACUGGCUUCUUCUCGUAGGGAAAUUUACCACAUGGAUCCCAAGGCCCCCCGAGACAGCCUCGAUUUUGUCCUUAAGUCUAAAUAUAACCAUCAUGAGGAAUUCCUUAGGGCAAAAAACGAAACUCUCAUCCAACCAGAAACAGCUGGUGAAGAUACUGGACGAGUAUUAAAAAAUCGUGAGGUUGAAAUUAUUGUGCCAAAACCCUACCUGAACCAUCCUCUUUUAGUAAUAGAGCAGAAAAAGAAAGAUAGCAUCCAUUCAAUUGAAAAUGCAAUUGAGGGUCACCAUACACAAACAACAAACAGAGGUUAUACUAGAAAACCUGACGGGGGCUUCUUCUCUUCUUAGACUUAAAUAAUGACAUCUAUUUACAAAAGUUAAAAUCUCAUCAUAAAAUGCACAUAAUGUAUUGUAUUGUAAAACAAUGUCGAGCGAAACUGCGUCUUAAUAAUAUAGACAUAAGAUGUAAAAAUUAUAGUAAGAUAUGAUUUAUAUUGGAAUCAGCAAUACACAAACUAAUGUAAUCAACAACAAACAAAGUUUGAUUUCAGUUAAAAGAACAAGACGGAAAGAUGAGAUACAGUUACAUUUAGAAUUAAACAAAUUCAAGAUCGUUUUACAAUUGAAAUUGUUUUUAAAAAAAAUACAAACCUUUUUUUGUUUUGUACAAAGUAGCUAAAUAAUGAUAUCAGAUACAUUAACAUAUUUUUUAAGUGGUACGUUAUACAAACAACCUUCAACACCAAAUCCGUGGAUAUAUUUACAGGUUUUUUCUUUCUAUCCUUUCCUCUUCUUUUUAAGCUUAUUUCUUCUUUCUAUCCUUUUCCUCUUCCCCAACAGAGAGUCCUCAUUGUGCUGGUACGAACGGCGGCUACUCCCGAAAACACGACGGCGGAUUCUACUGCACUUAAUUAACUACUGCUUUAU